AUGCCAAAGGCAAAGUCGACAUCAACAAGAGCAGCGCGCUCAACGCGUAUCGUGAAGACUUCACCCAAGGACCACACGGCCGCACUUCCACCCCGGUCAUCCACGCUCCCACCGUCGCCGACGACGCCGACGACGCUCCCGCACGACUCGUUGCCUCAGCCCGAGACGGCCAUCGCACCGCUUACACCUCCAACGCCGACAUGCUCGCUCGGAGCCGCGGUCCUCUCGACCCCGGCCAUCGUCGACCUGCUCGUCGCGCACCUCCCUAAACCGGCGUACCCGACCCUACGUGCCGUCUCCCGUCCCUUCCAUGACGCCGUGAGCGCAGUCAUGUACCGACACGUGCAUGUGUACGUCGAGACAAGAGUGCACCCCAAGACGGGCAAGCGCGGCAUUGUCGUCCAGAUUGUGCAGCCGUUCACCCGCGGAGUCAAGGGCAGAGGCAGUCGCAUACCGGGGCUCAAGUGGGGCCGCCAAGCCAAGGCCGACCACGAGCUGUGCAUCACCCGUAUGCGGAUGUACACCCGUGUGCUGGAUCUAGGUGCCCCGUCGAGCUACUUUCACCUCCUGGCACCCCCAGGCCGCCAGGAGCUCUUCGACGCGCUCGCCGGCGUCACGACGAUCAGGUCCAGCGAGCUAUCCUUUGGGGACAAGCCCAACGCCGUGCCGUUCCCGACCGACACGCACAUUGCCUUCUUCAACCUGACCAAGGAAAAGGUCGACCCGCCGUUCAUGAUCGUCGAGUUUCCCGACGCCGUGCGCAGUGCGACCCUGUCCAUCAGCUUCAACAUGCUCCGCACCAAUCUCACCUCGGCAUCAAUCAUGAUCCCCGACGCGAAUCAUGCGCGAGUCGAGGAUGUGACGCUUGUCUUCCGCCCGUACGCCAAGCCGACUGGCCCAUGGCGCGUUGGCGGGUACACUUCCCUUGGCUUCCUCAAGAAUGUCGUCCAGACCAUCUCGUUGAGCCUCCCUCGUGUCCGCUACACGCUUGUAGGACUCGAGAGGUUUCAGCCCGAGUGGCUAAACCUCGACUUUGACCCCGCCGGCAUGGGGUGGGACCAGCGCAAGGUCCUGCUGAUUGGAGCGAUUCACGACGAGAUUCGCAAGUGGUGGGGCACGCUGGGCCGGGGCGAGGGCGACGACGGGGUCGAUGUCGAGCGGGCACUGCGAGGUGUAAAUGUGCUCACGCAGCACGAGUAUCGCGACGCGGUUGGUGCCAAGACCUUUGCCCUGGUCAUGGCCGAGCCGUGGCAGGUCAUGGGCCAGCCGAGCGAUCGCAAGCACGCCAACGUGGUGCACACGUUGCACUUUAUGUAA